GUAUGUGAACCUCUAGGUUUAACAGUUAAUCUGAAGGUGAAAUUAGAGUCAGGUUUUUUAAUUAAUGACAAUCAGGUGUGAGUGAGCGCCCCGAUUUAUUUAAAGAACAGGCAUUUAUCAGAGUCUGAUCUUCACAACACAUGCUUGUGGAAGUAUAUCCUGGCACAAGAAAAGGACAUUUCUAAGCACCUCAGAAAAAAAGGGUUGUUGAUGCUCAUCAACAACCCUCAUCAUAAAGUCAUCUCUAAAGAGUUUGGACUCCACCAAUCCACAGUCAGACAGAUUUUGUACAAAAUUGAGGAAAUUUAGAAGAAUCGUUGCCCUCCCCAGGAGUGGUCGACCAACAAGCAUCACGCCAAGAGCAAGGUGGGUAAAAGUCUGCGAGAUCACAAAGGAACCCAGGGUAACUUCUAAGCAAAUAAAGGCCUCUCUCACAUUGUCGAAUGUUAAUGUUCAUGUCCACCAUCAGGAACGCAGAACAACAACGGUGUGCAUGCCAGGGUUGCAAUGAGAAAGCCAUUGCUUUCCAAAAAGAACAUUGCUGCCCAUCUGCAGUUUGCUAAAGAUCACGUGGACCAGUCAGAAGGCUACUGGAAAAAGUUUUGUGAACAGAUGAGACCAAAUUUUGGUUUAAAGGAGAGGUGUUGUGUUUGGAGAAAGGAAAACACUGCAUUCCAGCAUAACAACCUUCUAUGAAAACUAUCUAUGAAACAUGGUGGUGGUAGUGUCAUGGUUUGGGCCUGCUCUGCUGCAUCUGGGACAGGAUGACUUGCCAUCACUGAUGGAACAAUGAAUUCUGAAUUAUACCACAAAAUUCUUAAGGAAAAUAUCAGGACAUCUGUCCAUGAUCUGAAUCUCAAGAGAAAGUGGGUCAUGAAGCAAGACAAUAACCCUAAGCACAUAAGUCAUUCUACCAAAGAACGGUUAAAGAAGAAUAAAGUUAAUGAUUUAGAACGGCCAAGUUAAUGUCCUAACCUUACUCCAAUAGAAAUGUUGUGGAAGGACCUGAAGCAAGCAGUUCAUGUGAGGAAACCCACCAACUUCCCAGACUUGAAGUUGUUCUGUAUUGAGGAAUGGGGUAAUAUUCCUCAAAUUCCUUCAAGUGUUUAGCAUGUUUGCCUUGCACCUCUGUGGAUGGGGGCUCAAAUCUCGCCCUGUGUGUGUGGACUUUGCAUGCUUGCCCAAUGCUUUGGGGGUUUCGUCAGGGUACUCUGGUCCCCGCCCCCCCAGUCCAAAGACAUUCGUUGUAGACUGAUUUGCGUCUCUAAAUUGUCCGUAAUGUGAGUAUGAUUGUGCCCUGUGAUGGGUCGGCACCCCGUCCAGGGUGUCCCCUGUCUAGUGCCCCGAGUUCCCUGGGAUAAGCUCCAGGGCCUGUGGCUAUCCCUGGGAUAGGCUCCUGUGUAGGCCCCAUGACCCUGUGUAGGCUAAAAAGCGGUAUGUAAAAUGGAUGGAUGGAUAUUCUAUCGAUUAAACACCAAUAACCCAGACUCUGAAAUUGGAAUAGGAUAUUUCUAAGAUAAAGAAGAGUUAACAGAGACUAUUUAUGUAUAUGCACGAUUAGAUAAUAAUAGUUAUUACACUGUUUUUUUUUUUAAUCAAUGCAUUCCUUUUAUAUUACUACUAGCUGCUAUGGUGAGAAACAGGAUUAACCACUUUGGAUCAUGUGUUUUGCUUGUUUCUGUUUGAAAGCUACCUGCCAGAUAGCUACAAAGCACAGAGAAGUGGAGGUGAGAGCUAAUGAAGUAAGCUGCUGUAGGUCAGGAAUUAUUUCUUUAAGUGUAUUUUUGUUUUUGUUUUGUAUUGUUUGAUGGGAAAUCGUGGUUUAUAAUGAUUAUGCAGUUAUUAUUUUAUUUUCUAUAUGUUUUCACUGAACUGAAAGUAAUUCCUGUCUAUGCCUGUCUGUGCUAGUGCGAAAAUGCAGACAAGUAGAUAGAUUUCAGGUUCAUGAAGCUGAAGGAAAUAAGGUAAUGAGGUAUUUGGCUUAUAUACUUUGUGCACCCAUGCCAAGUAGCCCAUUGCCUCAUAAUCUGUCCCUUAUCACACACACCCACAGUUCCAUCCAUCCAUCUUCUGUACUGCUUAUCCUGCUGGGUUGCGGGGAACCUGGAGCCUAUCCCAGGGAGCAUCGAGCACAAGGCAGGGCACAUCAUACCCUGUCCAGGGUACACCCUGGACAGGGUGUACCAUCAGAGGGCACAAUCACAUACACACACCCAUUCAUACACUAAAGACACUUUGGACAUGCCAAUCAGCCUACCAUGCAUGUCUUUGGACUGGGGGAGGAAACCGGAGUACCCGGAGGAAACCCUGCAACAUGGGGUGAACAUGCAAACUCCACACACACAAAGCAGCGGCGGGAAUCGAACCCCCAACCCUGGCAUUGUGAGGCAAACGUGCUAACCACUAACCCACUGUGUGCUUAGUGUUAAAUAAAAAUGUUUUUGUCAUAAUUCUUCACUUAUUUCAUAAUGUUACAUUAAACACUGGGCUAUGAUAUAACUAACCCAUAGUAUGGGGUAAACUUAUUCACUCUAUGAGUUUGAGACUAAGCCCUUCAUUGCCUGUUUGUGAUACAGAAAUAAGUGCUAGAACAUUUACAAGACACACGCAGCUCCUUUGUGCAACAUUUUGAAUGCUCUAAUUUAAAAAGAACUCUGAGGAACAGACAAAUGUCACUUUAAACCAACAAACAAACAAACAAACAACUAAAUGAAAAGCUAACCUAUUGUUUGGUAAGUAAAGUUAAAUUCAGGAUCACAGUCCCUAAAGUGAACUCGUACACUCUGAUCUCCGAUCAUAAAUUAUCAUAAGCAUCUACUCUUAAUGUAGCUGCUUGCUUCACAUGAAUUGUGCUGCACUGGUGAGAGAAUGAGCUGCAGUACAUUCUGAUUGGUUAUUAAGGUUUACAGGUUGGUGGGCGGGGCUUGUGACGUAUGCUUCCGGAGGGGCGGGGUUGGUGUCGUGCAGCCUCACGUGCGUCCUAAAAGCGGAGACAGAGCAGCAGACAGACAGAACAGCCGGGUUAAUGCCGUCGGUGCACGGGAGCUGAUGUUUAUCGAUAGAACUUGAAAAGCUAAGCUGUCAGUUCUCUGUUUUCUGCGGGCCGCUUCUGACCCGUUAUGUUUUGAGAUUUAUUUGUGUUUUAUAAUAUUUUUCAUGUUUGGAUGACCUUCUGAUUCUCACCGCUGCGAAACGUCUUGCAUGAUGGUCCAUGACUCAGUUACGUGCUGAGGGCUGAGGGUUGAGUCCUGAGGGCUGAGGGCUGAGUGCCGCAGUCAGUUAUAGAGGAGUAGAAGGUAUAACCGGCUGCUUGCUGGUGUUUGAUUAUCGGAGCGACGCGAAUGUAAGCCGACGUUUGAUUAAUUUCGCUAGGAUCAUGGUGGAGCUGACCUGCCUCACCGCUUACUGGCCUCUCAUCAGAUUCCUCAUUCCUCUGGCUGUUACCAACAUCGCCAUCGAUUUUGGGGAGCAGGCUCUGAACAGAGGUAUCGCAUCAGUAAAAGAGGACCGUGUGGAGAUGCUGGCCAGCUACGGUUUGGCCUACUCGCUCAUGAAAUUCUUCACCGGGCCCAUGAGUGACUUUAAGAGUGUUGGGCUGGUGCUGGUCCACGGCAAGAAGGACAGAAGAAAAGCAGUGCUAUGUAUGCUUGUAGCUGGGGUUAUAGCUAUGAUCCUCCAUGUUCUCAUAGCUUACACAGAUCUAGGAUAUUACGUCAUCAACAAACUCCACCAUGUGGAUGAAUCUGUUGGCAACAAGACGCGAAAGGCGUUUCUUUACCUUGCAGUGUUCCCUUUACUGGAUGCCAUGGCGUGGAUUCAUGCUGGCAUCCUUCUAAAGCACAAAUACAGCCUGCUGGUGGGCUCCUCUUCAAUCUCUGACGUUAUAACACAGAUCAUUUUUGUGGCAAUCCUGCUCCACAGCAACCUGGAGUGUGUUGAACCCUUGCUCAUUCCAAUCCUGUCUUUGUACAUGGGAGCACUGGUGCGCUUUAGCAUCGUGGGACUGGGCUACUACUGCAACAUUCAUGACCACUUUCCUGACUCCAACAGCCAGGACAUGGGGGGAGAUACCACCAUCAAGAAGAUGUUGAGCUUCUGGUGGCCACUGGCACUCAUAUUGGCCACCCAAAGGAUCAGCAGGCCUAUCGUCAACCUGUUUGUGUCUCGAAAUCUCAGCACUGCACAGCAAGGCAGCUCUGCUUCCACAGAGGCUGUAGCAGUGCUCACAGCCACCUAUCCAGUGGGACACAUGCCCUACGGUUGGCUAACCGAACUACGAGCUAUCUAUCCAGCAUUCGACAAGAAUAAUUUGAACAACAAGUUAGCUGCUGGUGCUGGAGUGACAAAAUCCCAUAUCAAGAAGUUCACCUUGGCCUGCUUUACAAUGUCUGUAACGCUAUGCUUCAUAGUGUUCUGGACCCCUGGUGUGUCUGAGCUGAUCCUGGUGAAUGUAAUUGGAGUGGAUGAGAAUUUUGCUCAGCUUUGCACAGUUCCUCUUCGGAUAUUCUCCUUCUUCCCUAUUCCAGUGACUAUUCGAGCUCAUCUGACAGGUUGGUUGAUGACUCUGAAGAAGACGUUUGUGCUGGCCCCUAGCUCUGUGCUGAGGAUAAUCGUGCUCAUCACUAGUCUCUUAGUCCUUCCCUAUAUGGGGGUGAAUGGUGCUGCAUUAGGAGUGGGCUCACUACUGGCCGGCUUCCUCGGAGAGGCCACGAUGGUGGCGUUGGGUGCAUGCUACGUGUAUCGGCAGCAGAGAAAGAAUUCAGGCACGGAGCUAGUCAUGCAGGGGGACAACUCUACCCCGAUGAGUGAUGUCACAUCCACAGCGGUGUUAGAGGACAUCCAAGAGGUGGAUGAGGAGGAAGAGGGACAGAAGGAUUGAUCGAGAGAAACGAACGAAAAGAGAAACCUGAGAAGAGCUACUAUAGCACAAAUUGCUGAAAAAGGCUAACGCUGGCUAUGAUCGAAAGGUGUCAGACUACAGUGUGUCGCGGUUUGCUGCGUAUGGGGUCGUGUAGCCGCAGACCGGUCCGAGUGCCCAUGCUGACUCCUGUCCACUGCCGAAAGCACCUACAACCGUGACCUGAAGCAAGCCGUGCACAGAAGAUACCCUUGCAAUUGGAUGGAUCUAGUUUCUUACUUUUACUAAAACCUGCCAUUAUCGGGGGUGUAUAGACUUUUUAUACCCACUGUACAAAAUAUUAAGCAGGAUGGCUGAUCGCUGUACAUCUUAUAGCGCUGAACUAUUACUCACACGGUCAGGGCUCAAACCCUGUAGUGUAAAAACUGUUUAUAACUGAACAGUUACAGGGAAAUUCAGUAUUGACAGGAGCCCAGAGCAUACUGCUUAUUUUUGAGGCAUUUGUAGUGGAAAAGGUCCGUAAACUGUACACUUGCUUUAACUGCCAACGUCAGGGUAGAGCAAACUGGUCAGUAGAAUUUAAAUUGUAUAUACAGUAUGUACAGAUUUUAUAUUUUUUUUUUUUCAUUUGAACUGUCAUUAGAUGCACCUUUAACAAGCACCUUCUUUCACUUUAAAGGGAUCAUUUCAUUUGUUGAACAUGGCUACAGUCAAACAGUGGUGCUAGAUAUUUCUGAACACUCGGAUGGAGAUGCUUCUAUUUUAGCGUGUACUCUCCCUCGUAGUAUCGACGUGCAGAUAUUAGCAGUGCUUGAAACGUUCACCAAAUGUCGCCGUCGUAUUUUCAUAGUUCACACAAUACACAGUUCCAUCAAAGGUGGGGCCAGUGAGUAGCUGCAUGUUUAUUUUUGCAUCAUCUAU